ACCCUUCUCUCUGAGGUGUGGCACCAGCCUGGCUGCGAUCACAGCCGGGAGCGUGGCAUUUCAGUUUGGUGUAGGUUGCGUGUUGGUGUCUGCUAGCUAGUGAAUGGAUGUGGCGCUGUACUUUCCAAGCAGCAGGUUGUGAGGUUUUUGUGCUGCAAUAGGUAACGGGAAUUUGUGUUAAAUAAGUGGGGAAAAUCUCGGGCUUCAGUAUUCGUGUUCUUUGUGGUGCUUCACUCUGUCACUCCCUCAAAACACACAGACUUACUAUUUAACCUACAAAGGCUGAAACGUUUCUAUGCAGCAUACUUAAUGUACAUCUAAAAGCCAAAUCUUCAUGUCCUAGAUUUUAUUGUUGAACCGCUGUCGUUAGUAAUGCUCUGUUAGUAAAGCAAACCUGCAAGCAGUGGCACUGGGCGGGAGCUGUGCUGACUUCUGCUUCCCUUGCCGGAGUGUCACCACUGUCCCCUCUGCCAGCCCUGCGACCCGCGGCAGCCUGAUCCUGCUCCGUGUGACAGAAGCAGCCGUUCAGUGGCUCCGGAGCCACGUUCAAGGUGCGACAGUUCAGGUCUGUAAUCAGUCUUCCUUUUAACAUAUUAAUGAAGCAGUGGAGACAAAAAUAAGGAAGAUUUCAUCCUUCAAACCAAGGACUUGUCAUGUCUUAUCAUUACAAUGAAGCCUUUGAAAAUCCAGACUACCACUUCUCAGAGACAUUGGAAAUUGAUAGAAGGGGGAGUUCUCAAAGGAAUCCAUUCUCUCACCAAACUUCUUAUGAUUCAUCUCAGUAUGAUCACUAUGGAGAGCACAGAGGCAGGGAGCAGAACUACCCUGUGGCCAUCCCCAUGGCUUCCCUGGGACUUGGCUCUGACAGCCAGGAUUUACCCAGCACAAGUCCAUAUGGAAAUUUCACAGACAAUCCUUCCUUUGAGCCUGAGCCAGAACUGACUUACACCCCACAUUCUACUUCCCAUAUGCUGGAUUAUCCCUACACUCAUGGAAUUUCCAGUGGAUCAGAAGACAGCUUCAUUCGGAGACGCAACCGAAGACCACCCGAUGAGAUCUUCAGGACUUCUUCCAGCAUGCUUGAAACAGAUCCAGUGCACAGGGAAGAGGAAGAUUUAGUUGGAAGUCUUGCAAGUAUGUCCAACAAUGAAAGGAUUAAAGCAAUCCAGAGGAUGCCAGAGACCAUGAGAAAAAAGAGAGAGAUCAGAAACAAAGUUCUGAAAGAAAUAACCAGAAAAUCAAGGCAUCGUGGUGCUCAGUGUACACAGUGUCUGCAGGGAGCAGCAGUGUCAUUUCGGCGAUUUGGCAAUACCCUUUCAGAAUAUUUUCACCAACUGCGGCCAUGGCACAAGACUCUGAAGAUCAUUGGUGCUGAGUUUGGAACAAGUGUUCUUUCUUAUUUUGUUUUUUUGAAGUGGCUGCUAAAUUUUAACAUCUUCUCUUUCCUCAUAAACUUUGGUUUCAUCACAAUUCCUCAGUUUCUUGCAGCAGAACCAAAUAACCUUUCCUUCACGGGCCUGGAGCUGCUCACUGGAGCUGGUUAUUUUCAACAAACAGUGCUCUACUAUGGCUCUUACACCAAUGCUACAAUCAGUAAAGUGGAGACCGGUGCAUCUUACAACAUGCAGCUGGCCUAUAUUUUUACUGUUGGAACAUAUUUUGUCAUCUGUUUUCUUAUCUUGUUGUUCAGCAUGGCAAGAUUAUUCUCCAGGAACUUUGUUAACCCUCAGGCACGCUCUGUGAAUGCCAGCAAGCUGCUCUGCACUUGGGACUUCAAUAUAACUAAUGAAAAAGCUGUGAAGCUGCAACAAAAGAAUCUCCUCACACAAAUAAAGGAAGGUCUCACUGAACUAAACAAAGAAAUUCAAAAUUUUUCUGUGAUGGAGAGAGUUGCUCGUUUUGCUACUCAUCUCAUUGCUUGGGUUGCUUCCCUGGCAACAGCAGUAGCUGCUUGUGCUGGUGUUUACUUCCUCUCCAUUAAUAACCUCGAGCUGUUUAUGAAAGGGUAUAGCAAUGAUCUGCAGAGACAAGCUGCCAUGUUGGUGCUACCUGUGAUUGUAUCUCUCCUCAACACAUUGGUCCCAUUCUUCUUCUCCUGGCUUGGGCACCUGGAGAAUUUUCAGACUCCUGGACAGCACAUAUAUGUCACUAUUAUCAGAAAUAUCAUCCUGAAAAUUUCAAUUGUUGGAAUACUGUGCUACUACUGGCUGAACAUCGUGGCUACCUCAGAGUCACAGUGCUGGGAAACUUUGGUUGGCCAAGAUAUCUAUCGUCUUGUUCUAGUUGACUUCAUAUUUUGUUUGCUUGGCUCUUUCUUUGGAGAGUUUUUACAAAGAAUUAUUAGAACUACAGUCUGUGUGAGCCUGGGGCUGCCAGAAUUUGAUAUUGGGCGAAAUGUUUUAGAUUUGAUCUAUGCACAGACUUUGACCUGGAUUGGUAUCCUGUUCUCACCUCUGUUGCCUGGUAUCCAGAUGAUAGCAUUUCUUAUAGUAUUUUUUGUGAAAAAGGUCAGUCUGAUGAGGAAUUGCCAGCCCCCUUGCAAAGUCUGGAGAACUGCUCAAAUGAUGACCUCCUUCAUUUUCCUGCUGUUUUGUCCUUCCUUCCUUGGAGUCCUGUCUGUCAUUGGAGUCACUGUCUGGAAGUUAAAACCUUCAGAAGAAUGUGGUCCUUUCAGAGGUUUGCCUUCCAUGUAUGCUGCAGUUGCUGAGUGGAUACAAAUACUGGAAAGCUACACUGCCUGGAAAUGGGUAGUGUGGAUCUACCACAAUUUAAUUUCAAGUGAACUUUUCUUCUUCAUCAUCUCAAGUUUUGUACUAGUUGUUACUUAUCUUUACUGGCAAAUAAUACAAGCAAGGAGGACCAUGACCAAACUCUUACAUAACCAAAUUAUUAAUGCAGGAAAGGAUAAGAAGUUUCUACUCCAAAAGCUACAAAAAGAGCAAAGGUCAAAGAGAAGCUUGUCUGCCCUGGGAGGAAGAGGCCAGCAGAGAAGCUCCUCUUCAUACCACCCAUCCAUGCAACCUGCCCAGGAGGUGCCAGGCUACCCAGAAAGGGCAUUUGACAGAAACCAAAACACAUCCUACAAUGAGCAUCCCUUUUCUGUUGAGAUCUCAAGCAGCAGUGACUUUCUACCAGGCGGCGAGCCCAGCCCGCCCCGGGCCGUGCUGCUCGCCCUGCGCGCCCGGGCAGCGGCGCUGGGGGAGGACAGCGAUGGCACCGGAGGGUUCCAGCCCCGGGCAGGCACGGGCAGCGAUGGCACCGGAGGGUUCCAGCCCCGGGCAGGCACGGGCAGCGAUGGCACCGGAGGGUUCCAGCCCCGGGCAGGCACGGGCAGCGAUGGCACCGGAGGGUUCCAGCCCCGGGCAGGCACGGGCAGCGAUGGCACCGGAGGGUUCCAGCCCCGGGCAGGCACGGGCAGCGAUGGCACCGGAGGGUUCCAGCCCCGGGCAGGCACGGACAGCGAAGGCAGCGGGGGAUUCCAGCCCCGGGCAGGCACGGACAGCAUCGAGUGAAGGCACUGGCUGCAGGAAGCAAUCCUCUCUUGCACUAAUAACUAAAAGAAUCUCUCAAACAUCUUAUUUUACAUCUAAAUGGAAGGAAAAAAAAUUAGAAGAACAGGUUGCAAAAUCUGUUGGGACUUCGGUUUUUUACUGUGAUAGGGAAUAUCCACCUGUGGGAGUUGUUUUGCAGCAGUGGUAUUUGGUGACAGCCUUCCCCCAGCGCUGGCAUCACCUCGAUGAAGUAAGGCUCCCUCCAUAGCUGACCACGUGUUGUUGACUAAAUAUAAGGGAACUUGUGCCUAACUGUAAAUAAAAGCUGUGUUUUAAAAAUAUUUUUCUAACAUUUAUAUUGUUUUACCUGUUUUAUCAGCUUUUAUCUGACGUAUUGGUCAAAUAAACAGAAGUAUAUUAAA